AUGUUCGCUCACGAGGACGUUCACGCUCAAGGAGGGGGCGACUGUCACGCGGCACCGCGUGACAUCAUCUUUCCCCAUCAACGAGGUUCCUUUGGACAUCAGUUCGCCAUCAACGAUCCAGUUCUCAUGAACUUCAUCACCCACGAGGGUAUUAGGAGGCUAACUUCGUCGAGGGCGAAUACCCAAGGCAGUACUUUGCAACCUGUCAUUAUCACCGUUGGUUUGCCGUCCGCUGUGGCCCCUCCUGUCGCCGCACCUUCUAUUGUGGCUCCUCCUGUUGCCAUAUCCCCGGCCGCGGCUCCAACUCUUCUCUCUCCUGGCCAACAGGAGGUCAGACCUGCUCCUGUUGGCCCUUCGCAAACUCCGGGCCGCUCUGCCACUGUGGUGGAGAUAGAUGAUGAUGAUGAAGAAAUGGACGGCGUCAAUAGUGACAAAGACAUGGAUGAUGUAGAUGAUGAUGAGGGAACGGGCGAUGCAGAUGAUGAUGAGGGAAUGGGUGAUGUAGAUGAGGAAACGUUUGAUAUUGAUCGUGGUGAUGAGGAGUUGUUUGAGGAUAGAGACGAUUGGGUGGCUGAGCUAGCGGCGUUGACUGUCCGCGUUGUCAAAGGGUAUCCUGAACUUCGUGUGAUGAUGCUGGGCUCCAAUGGGAAGAAGCGCGUUGCCUACAUGGCCAAGCUGUCCCAGGUGAAAUCCGAGAAACACCGCCGCUCUGCUUCCGCCCACAACAAAGUACCUCCCCCUUCGGCAAAAAGGGUCAAAGGGACGCCUCAGUCCUUGUCCGAUUUGGAGGAAAUGUCUCCCCCCACUCCCCACGAGACAGGGAGUGCUUGCAAAUUGUCUUUGCGGGAACAAGAGAGGUUGUGGAAGUUGUUUGCCGCUGAAAGGGAACGUUGGGAGAUCGCCAGUGUAGAGGACUCAUGUGAUAGAUGUCGUCGUAAAAUUAUCAAGUACAGGAGAAAAGAUUGGCCGUGUCUGCGACCGGUCAAACCUCAUAAUUGGGGAUCUUGUUGUGCUUCAUGCACUUCUGGACCGUGCUCGUUCUGGCCCCCCAACUCUGCCUGGGACAUUCCUCCUAGAGCUUCUGCCCCUCUCGGUCCUCCGUACACUCCGUCCACCGCUGUCCGCAGUCGUCUCCCUACGGUCCAAGACAGGGACUAUCCGUCGCGCUCUUCUUCGGCAAACUUUUCCUCUCCCGGCCCGACUUCACCAUCCCCCGCCGUCCGUCGUUUCUCUCCCUCUCCUGUGGCCAGACCGUCUUGCCUCCCUGCCACUCCUUCAGCUCCGUCUUGUUGCACUCCCCGUCGUGCUCCGUCCACCGCCCUUCAGCCUCCUACUCCUGUGGCUGGCCCAUCUUCACCGGAGACCCACAGAUUUCUACAAGACUUCCAUCGAGUUCGACCCAACCUGCGACCUGGUUAUCGUGUUUCCAGUACCGUUACAGUGAUUUCUGACCGAACUCAUAUGGGUUCAGGUGUAUUCAUGGUGAACGCAUAUGAACUCAUGAUGAAUGCGUAUGAACUCAUGGUGAACUCAUGUGGUAUCAUGGUGAACUCAUACAGUAUCAUGGUGAACUCAUACGGUAUCAUGGUGAACUCAUACAGUAUCAUGGUGAACUCAUACGGUAUCAUGGUGAUCUCACCUGUACUGAUAUGA